CAUUCGUAUUCUUCACCGCUAUCGCAGCACAAGUCCAUGCGAGUCGGUCCGCGUUCGCCGCCUUCACCACCGUUGCUCACCUUUGCACAAACCGAAAAUGGAGUAAAACAAAGAUGGAGGAAGGAAUUUUUGGCCGUCGCGAACCGUAGAAAGUUUUGCCCGUUUGCCGUGAUGAUCGUGCUGAAUCGUGAACGAGUUAUCGGGAAACGUUGCCGCGGGCUGCCCACAUCAGAUUGUCAGUGAAAAUUGCAGUGAUGCGUUGUGUGUUUAAUUGAAAAUAGGUUUUUUUUUUCGACUGCCUCUACCGCACCCCCCGUACGGAACGAAACGGAACAGUCAUUAAUGUGUGUGAUGUGGUGUGGUGAAUAAAAGCAGACACCCCAAAAUAUCUCAGCCGUGCAAUUAAAUGUAAACAAUUUUCCUGCCGUGAGCGUUGCAUAAGUCCAUCGUACAUCUCAAUCUGUCAAUUGUCGAAAUGGAAUUUCUUUCCAAAUCAUCGAAGCAAACUGGUGUGGCUCCUUGAUGGCAAAAUAAGUGGACUCGCGCCGUUGUUGGCUGGUCAGAAGAAAAGUUGAAAGAGCAAGCGAAAAAGUAGUCGCAUAAGAAGUAACUGUAAGGGCAGGUUUGGCUGCUCGCUCUCUUUUUUACACAUAUACACACAUCUCGGCUACGGGCCACUUGCUCUUGUGCCGCUGUUCCUGGUACGGUGGGAGCCACAGUAGCAGUGGAGCGAAUCAAUUUGUUCUAAGCGCAUACCGUGAGAGUUUACGUCGUGGAGGUGUUGCCCGUACGACAACAAUUUUCCAAUUAGUCAUUGAAGCAUUCCGGGGACCGUUCCAAGCCAAUGCCAGCCCCCAGCGCAAGUAGUUCAAUAUUGGUUUGAGCCAUGAUGGAAACCGAAUCGGUCAAGUCGGAACCGAGCAGCAAGACGACGAGUAGGCGUUCGAGAGGACAUAGCGGAAACAAUAGCAGCACCCUGGGCUCACACAGGGAUCGGACGAGGCACUCACAUCGAAACAAUCACUCUAGAAACAAACGGCCCGACAUGGCGCCCUUCCAAACAAGCGUCAACAUUGGGGACGAUAGUCGAGAUGGACAGGAAGUGAUAGAGGUGCAAAUAUUACCACAGGAUGAGACGUGGGGUGAGAAUACAACGGCCAUAACUGGCAAUACCUCAGAGCAGAGCAUUUCCAUGGAAGAUGUCAGUUACUGGCAAAUGUCUGACGAUACGGGGAUUGGCUUUGCCUGUCAGCGGUAUCUGGAGCGAACACUAUCGUUUCUAUUGUGUCUAGUUGCCUUCGUAAGCCCGGUAGCAAUGGCUGUUUUACCAAAGGUAGGAUUCUUUCCUGCGGCUUUCGACAACCUAGACUUGUCGCAAAAUGAUCGGUUGAAGCUGUUAGCAUGCAACGCAGAGUGUAAGGGAAUGCUAGUGUCGCUGGCGGCUAGGAUGCUGUUGCUGGCGAUAGGAGUGUGGGCGCUUUUCCUGAAGAAACCAGCAGCCAUCAUGCCGCGAAUAUUUUUCUGGCGGGCCUUCGUACUGGUGCUGGUUCUCAUCACUACCUUCGCGUAUUGGCUGUUUUAUAUUGUACAAGUAACCGAAGGCACGAAAGCACUUGUGACCGGGUCGGAAGCCGUGGAUUACAGUACGCUGGUACAUUACUCUAUAAGUUUCACGGAUACGUUGCUAGCCAUUUUCUACGCGGCAGUGGUGCUCAUUUCGAUUAGACAUAUUGAGCCAGUUUACCACAUCAAAGUAAUAAGAAGUCCAGAUGGCGAGUCUCGUAACUACAGCAUAGGGCAGCUUAGUAUACAGCGCACUGCAGUGUGGGUGCUUCGUCGGUAUUAUACUGAGUUCACGAUCUACAACCCAUAUCUGGAGCGGCUGCCCGUGUCUAAAUCACAGCGAAAGGCGUUGUCCUCGUUCAAGUAUUACGAGGUAGAUGGUGCAACACCUGCACAACAGCAGAAUCAAUCACGAGCGGUCUUGGCUGCCCAUGCUCGACGGCGUGAUUCUUCGCACAAUGAACGAUUCUACGAGGAACAUGAAUACGAGCGGCGAGUCAAGAAGCGAAGAGCUCGUCUGGUGACGGCAGCCGAAGAAGCCUUUACCCAUAUCAAGCGUCAAACGAAUGACCCACCCCAAACCCAAGCGCCGGUUAUUCCUCUUGACCCGCAGGAGGCAGCUCAAGCUAUUUUCCCAUCAAUGGCACGUGCCCUGCAGAAGUAUCUUCGUGUAACACGCCAACAACCGCGUCACACAAUCGAGUCCAUCCUGAAGCACUUGGCCCACUGUCUCAAGUACGACAUGUCUCCGCGGGCUUUCCUGGAGCCGUAUCUCGUCGAGACGCCCGUCCUUCAAAACGACAAAGAACGCCGAACCAACCACAACUGGGCGUUGAUCUGUGACGAACUGCUCUCCAGACCAAUCGGCGAUGGUAGCACCUUCCAGCUGAUCCAGAACGAUGUUUCGCUCACCGUAACAAUCAACAAGAUCCCUCACUUCACGAUCAGCGAGGAGGUGAUCGAUCCCAAGUCGAACAAGUUCGUGCUGAAGCUGAAUUCGGAGACCAGCGUGUGACCUCCUCGAGCCGUGCGUGACCAACAAUUUCUGCAUCUUGUACAACCGCAACACCAACAGCAGCACGUGAUCAAACUGAACGAACGCAACGAAAUCCUCACCCAGCUGAACCUCAUUCUGGCCGGGAAGAAACGCAACCGGAAGAUCCAGGAUCGCCUGGUUUAGGGCAAUUUUCGUGAAAGUGAUGUGCCUCCAUCGAGAGGGUGGGAUUGUUUGUCGAGUGAACCACGUGUUUGUGUGUGAGUUGUUUCAAGAAAAGAAGAUCCAGUGAAGAAGCCUGUAAUAGCUAUGAUUUUGGGGCGCACCGAAAAAGAGUCACCGAACAACAAAGGUGAAGUUCAGCUCACAGGAAGUGUAUAAUUGUAGGUUAUCUAGCUGGUAGUGUCUAAGACCUUUUCGACGGUGUGUAAUUAUCCCGAAACAAAUGACCAUGUCGCGGCGGCCAUCCCAAAUGGUCGUGGAAAUAUUCGAGGCACGUUCAAUCGACUGCCUAGGAGCGGGGACCGGCCGGCUUCUAAAAAAUCGCUUCAUUAACAUGCUCUCGAUGCGGUGCGGUGUCCACAUCGUGGGGACCGGCCACAACAACUGACCCCCGGCAGGUAUAUGUGGAGUAAGAUGAAGAUCCGUGAACGGGCGCAGGAACACGAGCAAACAUAAAGACAAAUUAAUAAUUUGAAUCAUAAUACGCUUGCGGGGAUUUGCAUAUCAUUACGAAAUCAAGUCAGCUUUACUUGCUUCACCGUGUUCGACUAGAGGAAAGGUUCAGAAUGUACAAUUAUUGUACACAUCUCUUUUGGGUAUCGAAAGCUGAAGAGUAUAAUUUUCGAUGCACAUAUGAGCAAAUCAGCAAAAAAAAAGAUAAGAAGCAACUAGAAACACCACUGCCAAAGUAGUUAACAUUUCAACUCCGGUGCGCUAUCACUGAACUGUAUAGUUAUCUUCGCGAGUUAGCAUAAUGUUUUUAAAGAGAACUCAUCAUAACUGUAAAACAAUAGUUUAAAAAAACGACCCGCAUCGAAGUUCAGUGAGGUGAGAUGAAUUCGCCUUUCACCUCGUCAAAAAAAAAAAAACCCGAAAUGUUCGCGCUCUCUUUCGAUAUUCAAAUUUCAACGGUCACUCAUGCAUACACAAAACUCCGAUAAAGACUGGAAUUUCUCUCUCUCCGAUACGGACAAAUUGAAACAAAUUAGUAAUAUUAAUUUUUUAAUGUCAGGGUUAAUUUCCCGAUCGUUUAUGGUUCUUUUUUUAAAAUCCCUGUCUUCGUUCCACCGUUCUUCCCGACUCGCCCAAAAGUCUUGAAACGCUGUUGCGGUCAACUUUAUUGACGCAUUGAAUAAUCUAAUCCGGCCGAACGGGCCCCAAUAAUUAGCAUGAAAACGUAUAAAAUCGAAGCGUAUCGAGAAAAGCGUUUGAAAACCGCGUCGUCUCGUGUCGAUGCUGGGAGACGUCGCUUUUAAUAGGGUCAACCGACCAUCGAAUGACAACGUGCCUGAUGAUAAGCUUCACGCUGUGUGUUACUUUGUGUGUGCAGCACGGCAUGAAAUGUUCAAUAAUUAGCUUGGCAUUUCGGAAUAAUAAGUCUGGAAAUCCCUCUGAGAAUUGCGUAUCCGUCCUUUUUCUGCAAUCCAGUUCUGUGUGGCCAAAAAUGGGUGCAGUCACAGACAGUCGGACAAACUCUGCAAUGAAAGUUCUCCAGAUUGGAAUCAGUUGGAUAUUAUUGAUUUUUCAAUUUAACUUUUUAUUGGUAGUUCACCUUUUUUUCAGUUUGACAAUUAUAAAACCACACAAUUUCUGGACAAAUUUCACGUUUCUGAACACACUUUUGAGGUUCAAUUAUCUGUGAGGUCGCCGUUCCCCCUUGGCUUCGCCUAAUUCCCACCGGACACAUUGCGGCGGCACGUUGAUGGGGAAGGUCCCGGCGUGGUGCAUUGGGCCGUGCGAUGGCGUCGUCGAUGGCAACCGUCUUCACCUCUCAAGGGGGAAAACAACUCAGUUGUGAAAUGCCAAGAAGGAGAGAGCGAUAAUCAAUUUUACUGCGCUUUUUGAUCAACUCUCUCAUGCUUUCGGACAUGGAUCUGUUUCCUGCCGUUGGUAAUUUUCACGAAUUUCAACCGCCAGCAAACCACCUCAAUGUAGCAGUCCAGCUUAACCCCUGCUGAGUAUAGAUUUCUUUAGCAAAUUUAAUUUGUGACCGCACAAUUUUCUCGACCGCCCUCUCCUUAUUUUGGCCUGGUGCACACCUCUUUUUCAUCCUUGCGCCACGAGAGUGUAACUUAAUCUGAAAUUUUGUGCGGUUUUCCCUCUCGGAUACUUUUCCUCCAAAUAAGGCUAUGGCGAUCGAAGCGAGCGGUGUGUAAUCGGCUGAACAAUGGGAUAAAUGCUUGUAAAACGUCCAAUACAAUUUGUUGUAUGAAAAACAACAUGUCAGAUUGCCAAACUUUCCAUACUUUGCAAAUUUAAACUGUUUAGACUGUUUAAAAAAAUGUAUGCUAAACCUUCAGAAUAAAAUUUUACAACCUGAAUAUAUCAUGUCUAUGGUCGUUACGCUUGCUCAGGACAUAGGGGUCGUGCAUAAACCACGUGGCCUUUUUUUUCCAGAAUUUUUGACCCCCCCCUCCCCCCUCAUGGUUUUUCGUGGUUUCACGCGCUUUUAAAUAUUUUCAUAAAAACAAAAUUAAUAAAUAAAAGAGUAAAAAGUUUUGUUUCAGGAAAAAAAUAUUUUCAUUUUAUGUUAAGGAAAAUAUCUAGUUAUGAAUGCUCCUAGUUAAUAUUUAUUUUAUUCCAAACAUUCAUAAAAAUCCAAACUAAAGCAACUUUUCUUUUAAAUUAAGCAUGAUUGAUUCCAAUGAUUCAGUGUGUCCAAAAAAAGUCGAGCUGUGUAAUUUUUUUCUCCAUACAAGAAUCAGAGACAGGGGCAAACAUUCAAUAUUACGACCUUUUGAAAUGUUAGUCUUAAUUUAAUUUUUUUGAAAAUAUUGAUUUCGAAAAGAUUGGAAAUUUCACGAAAGUUUUAUUCAUAAACAUUGAAAAUCGCACCAUUAGUUGCUGAGAUAUCGACAUAAGAAAAUUAUGGGUUGUUUGGGUAAGACUUAGUAAACAUCCAUUUUUCUGUUUUUUAAAUCUUUGCAUGGCAAUAUCUCAGCAAAAAAAUGGGAAAAUUAAAAAAAAAAUAAAAAUAGUGUUUUUUUGCAAAUCAUGUUUUAGUGACAAAAAGUGGAAUUAAAAAUCAGCAAAAUAAAUUACCAUUUAUCAUUUUUUUUCAGUGUAGUCCUUAUCCAUACCUACAACUUUGCCGAAGACACCAAAUCGACCAAAAAUUUCUUCAAAAGAUACAGAUUUUUUAAUUUUCAUUGCUGCCAAAUUUGUAUGGAAAACUAUAUGCACAAACUAAUGAUGCAAAAUGGCUUGGGCACCAAAAAAGGUUUGAGACGGAUUAAAAAAACCAAAAAUAAAAAUUUUAGAAUAAAGACCGAUUUUGUAUAGAAUUGUCCGGCUGUGCAAACAAAAGUUAUGUGAAAAUAAUCGAAAAAAUCGAUUUCGUGACUUUGGCAAAGUUGUAGACAACGCGCUAAAAAUCAUUCUUUUAGUCAUGGACAUCCAAAUUGUUUAAGUCUUACUCUUACUUUAAAUUGAAUUUGCUAUCGACUACGUGUUUUGAUAAAUUUAAAAAAAGAUCGAGCUAAUAUUUGGAAUUGAUUUUACAUUUUUUUCAGUUGUUUUAAUAGGCAAUUAUCUACGAUUUAAGAUUUUUGAUCCAACUUUUGGUUGCUGAGAUAUUACCUCAAAAUAAAUACAAAAAAAUAUUAAAUAUAAGUUAUUUUUUCAAUCUUUUCAAUAUCUUUGAAGUUAUUAACACUGGGACGCCCAACGCAUGUCCAAUAUACACGGAUACCCAAGCCUCCCUAAAACGUUGGAACGGUAACUUCACCUCGCAGAUUUUCGGGCUUGUCUCCACGGAUUUUCAGGCGAUUUUUUUUACUAGAGCAAACAAAAGUUGGAACGACGUUUUUGAUCGCAUAAAUUACAGAUGUGAUCAAAUCGAGUUCUGCAAAGUUUAAGGAUUAUCUAGAUGUCCUUAUAAUUCACUCAAAAAAAAUGUCCCGGUUGGUUGAGUUAUGCCCGAGAACCAGCGAGUUGAAAAUACCGUUCCAUCUUUUUUAAGGAGUUUUAUUUAUGUUGAUCUUUAACGGCAUUGUAUUGAAAUUUAUUUCACAAAUUGAUAUCGGCAUUUGAAAAUUAAGUGACUCUUUAAAACUUGAAUUAAUUUAAUGUGUCUAUAUAUUUGAGUGGUUUUAUCUCAAAUAUGAAGUUGAGGGUAUAGUAUAUUUUCUCAGCUUAAAGAAAAACUAAUAUUUUCAGGAAAGGGCACCUUUGGCCCCUAUUUUUUUAUCUUUAAAUUAAUCAAGAAACAAAAACAAUGUUUGCUUGAAGCUCGUUUUUUUCUCUAAAAAUCUAAAAUGUAUGCCCAUAUUUCGCUUUGGCUCAAGAGAUAGUCCCUAUUAACAUAAAACAAAACUCAAAAAAAAAAUACCUACAACUUUGCCGAUGGAUAGUCAACGUGUAUUUUAUGAAAUUUUAUGUAAUUUAACAAUCCGAACUGUGUAAUCCAUGAAAUAAGGAAUACCUUUUAGACCAAAUUAUUCAUCCAUUUUUUGGUGAAUCUUAAAGUAUGUAUCGUUCGUUUUUUCGUUCCUGGUUAUUUUUUAAUGAUAGACGUUUCACUUGCAAAUGAGGUAGUGAAACUGAAAUUUUGCGAGCUAAUCCUGAAAUUGGGGUUUUUAGUUUCUUUGUACUUAAAAAAAUAUUGCAGGAGAGAGGAGAUACAAGAUAUCUUGAGUUUGUUUUAAGUGUCAAAAGAAAAUCUUUCAAUAAAGAUUCUUCGAUCACUUAUAGGACCAGCUACGGUAAUUAGCUAAGAUCUAAGAUUUUGAUAAUAUUUUUUUUUUCGCAGAGAAUCAUUUUUAGACACUUCAUUUGUAAUACAUAUUUAGUCUUUUGCCUUGUUACGAAAAUCUUAUUAAAUUGUCAGCAAUAUUUAUUUUUUAAGCUGUUCGAAAAUAGAACUAUCGUAGACUACAUCUACUUUCAAUGCAAAUUUGCAAGCACAUUUUUAGCUACAAGAUACCAUCAACAAAAAAAAAUGAAAUUUUGUUUGCAUUUUGGUACGCAUUUUUCUGGGUAUAUUAACUUUGGAUACUGUCACUUUAUUUUUUAACAGCUUUUAAACUUUUGUAAGACGUACUUACAUGAGUAUUAAAAAGUGUUCAUUCAAUAACAGGCUCAAAGUAUUGAUAUGAAUCUGCCGAAAUAUAUAAUUAAAUAUUGAAUUGGAAAAUAUUGUGACAUUGAAAUAUAAGUAAUAAUUCUAAACACAAUAAUUGUAUGGUUUUAAAGUGUAACAAAAAAUGUAUGCAUAUAAUUAAACUCAAAGCGCGUAUUUUUUUGUUUUUUUUUUAAAGAAAAGAUUUUUUUUUUGAAAGGCCACGUGGUCAGCCGUCGACCCCCCCCCCUCCCCCCCAUGGCUUUUCAUGGUUUUUUUCGGUCGGAUUUCGGACCCCCUCCCCCCCCCUAAGGAGACCACGUGGUUUAUGCAC